GGUCGUGAAUUCCUCCACCUCCCGUUCCGCUCCCUCCCGGUUCGGGCUUCUCGUCUCCCCGGAGCAGCGCGCGGAGGUCCGGGACUAUGGAGGAUGGCUACCCCUGCACGCGCAGCCCGGCCUGGGAGGAACUGGAGCCGGAGAAAGGACCGGCGUCCGCGGCGGGGAUCCACGCGCAUGUGGUGGGCGCAGCGUCCGGCUCCGGAGCCGCGGACGAGUCCUCCGACAGCGAGGCGGAGCAGGAAGGGCCGCAGAAACUCAUCCGGAAGGUGUCCACCUCGGGACAGAUCCGGACCAAGACGAGCAUAAAGGAGGGACUGCUGCUGAAACAAACCAGCUCGUUUCAGAGGUGGAAAAAACGCUACUUCAAGCUCAGAGGUCGAACCCUCUACUACGCCAAAGAUGCCAAGUCGGGCAGCGCCGUGGCGCGCUGGCAGGAGCGGGCGCUGCGCCGGGUGUCCAGGAGCCGCGUGUGCUGGCGGGUGCUGGCGGUGUGCUGGACGGGCGCGCGGCGCUCCCCGCCGCCCCUGGGCGCCAGCGGAUCUGAGGAGGGCCUAGUGAGGAUCCGGUCCCUUAUCUUUGAUGAGGUGGACCUGUCGGACGCCAGCGUUGCAGAGUCCAGCACCAAGAAUGUCAACAACAGCUUCACGGUGAUCACUCCGUUCCGCAGGCUCAUCCUCUGCGCCGAGAACCGGAAAGAGAUGGAGGACUGGAUCAGUUCGCUGAAGUCCGUCCAGUCCCGAGAGCACUACGAGACUGCACAGUUUAAUGUGGAACAUUUCUCAGGGAUGCACAACUGGUACGCCUGCUCCCACGCACGGCCCACCUUUUGCAACGUCUGUAAAGACAGCUUGUCUGGGGUCACGUCCCACGGCCUCUCCUGCGAAGUCUGUAAAUUCAAGGCCCACAAGCGCUGCGCCGUCCGAGCCACCAACAACUGCAAGUGGACGACGCUGGCCUCCAUCGGGAAGGACAUCAUCGAGGAUGAGGACGGGGUCGCCAUGCCUCACCAGUGGUUGGAAGGCAACCUGCCGGUCAGUGCCAAGUGUGCGGUGUGCGAUAAGACGUGCGGCAGCGUGCUGCGCCUGCAGGACUGGCGCUGCCUGUGGUGCAAAGCCAUGGUUCACACAGCCUGUAUGGACCUGUAUCCUCGCAAGUGUCCUCUGGGUCAGUGCAAAGUGUCCAUCAUCCCCCCGACCGCGCUCAACAGCAUCGACUCGGACGGCUUCUGGAAGGCCACCUGUCCGCCCUCCUGUGCCAGUCCCCUCCUGGUCUUCGUCAACUCCAAGAGCGGCGACAACCAGGGCGUGAAGUUCCUGCGGCGCUUCAAGCAGCUGCUGAACCCGGCGCAGGUCUUCGACCUGGUCAACGGCGGGCCGCACCUCGGCCUGCGCCUGUUUCAGAAGUUCGAUAACUUCCGGAUCCUGGUGUGCGGCGGCGACGGCAGCGUGGGAUGGGUCCUGUCUGAGAUCGACAAGCUCAACCUCCACAAGCAGUGCCAGCUGGGAGUGCUGCCUCUGGGCACGGGGAACGACCUGGCCCGGGUUCUGGGCUGGGGCCCGUCCUGCGACGACGACACGCAGCUGCCGCAGAUCCUGGAGAAGCUGGAGCGAGCCAGCACCAAGAUGCUGGACCGCUGGAGCAUCAUGACCUACGAGAUCAAGAUCCCGCCCAAACACAGCGGCCCCGCCACGCCCGAGGGGCCCGACGACUGCCAGUUCCACAUCGCGGCGUACGAGGACUCGGUGGCGGCUCACCUCACAAAGAUCCUCAACUCGGAGCAGCACUCGGUGGUCAUCUCCUCCGCCAAGAUCCUGUGUGAGACGGUGAAGGACUUUGUGGCCAAAGUGGGGAAGGCGUACGAGAAGAGCUCCGAGAACGUGGAGGACUGCGACACCAUGUCUCUGAAGUGCGCCGUCCUCAACGACAAGCUGGACUCGCUGCUGCAGACGCUGAACAGCGAGUGCCAGGCGCUGCCGCCGCCGCCGCACGCCACGCCUCCCAUUGUGGAGGAGGAGCAGGAGGAGGAGGAGGAGGAGGAGGGGGACGAGGACGAGGAGGAGGAGGCCAGCGAGGAGAGCCUGACGGAGCCCAAGAGGAAGCUGGAGGAGGAGGAGACGGAGAAGAGAGGAGGGGCCGACUCCGCCCACCAGCUGUUCCGCAGCAGAGAGCAGCUGAUGCUGCGAGCAAACAGCCUGAAGAAGGCCGUGAGGCAGAUCAUCGAGCAGGCCGAGAGGGUGGUGGACGAGCAGAACGCGCACACCGACGACACCGAGCUGCCGUCGCCGCUGGAGUUCCGGAAGGACGGCGAGGACGAGAACCGAGACAGCGAGAAGGACGAGGACACCAAGGAGCUGGAGGCCGUGUCGGCUGCUAAGAGUCCCUGUUCUCCCACGGAGAGGAGGGUGAGUCGCAGCACCCAGUCCUACGGCUCCUUCACCAUCACCCCGUUCACCACCAGCAAGGAGAACCUGCCUGUUCUCAACACACGCAUCAUCUGUCCAGGAUUACGAGCAGGUCUUGCCGCCUCCAUCGCCGGCAGCUCCAUCAUCAGUAAGAUGCUGCUGGCGAACAUCGACCCGUUUGGCGCCACACCGUUCAUCGACCCCGACCUGGACUCACUUGAAGGCUACAUGGAGAAAUGCGUCAUGAACAACUACUUCGGCAUCGGCCUGGACGCCAAGAUCUCCCUGGAGUUCAACAACAAGCGGGAGGAGCACCCCGAGAAAUGCAGGAGCCGAACCAAGAACAUGAUGUGGUACGGCGUUCUGGGCACCAAGGAGCUCCUGCAGAGAACCUACAAGAACCUGGAGCAGAAGGUCCAGCUGGAGUGUGACGGGCAGUACAUCCCCCUGCCCAGCCUCCAGGGCAUCGCCGUGCUCAACAUCCCCAGCUACGCCGGGGGAACCAACUUCUGGGGCGGGACCAAGGAGGACGACAUCUUCUGCGCUCCGUCGUUCGACGAUAAGAUCCUGGAGGUGGUGGCGGUGUUCGGGAGCAUGCAGAUGGCAGUGUCCCGGGUCAUCAAGCUGCAGCACCACCGCAUCGCCCAGUGCCGCACGGUGAAGAUCACCAUCCUGGGAGACGAGGGCGUCCCCAUCCAGGUGGACGGCGAGGCCUGGAUCCAGCCGCCCGGCGUCAUCAAGAUCCAGCACAAGAACCGGGCGCAGAUGCUGACCAGAGACAGAGCCUUUGAGAACACGCUCAAGUCCUGGGAGGACAAGCUGAAGUACGACAAGCCGCCGCUGCGGCCGCACCUGUACCCGCAGCAGUCGGUGGACCUGGCCACGGAGGAGGAGGCGGCGCUGCUGCAGGCCUGCGCCCGGGCCUCCGAGGAGCUCAUCACCAGGAUCUGUGAGGCGGCCAAGACCAACGGCCUCCUGGAGCAGGAGCUGGCCCACGCCGUCAACGCCGCGUCCCACGCCAUCAACAAGACACACCCCAAGUUCCAGAGCCUGACGAGGAACACGGCCAUCGAGGUGGCGAGCACCGUCAAGGCGCUGUACAACGAGACGGAGUCCCUGCUGCUGGGCCGAGUCUCCCUGCAACUGGAUCCGCCGGAGGAGGAGCAGCUGUCCGGCGCGCUGCAGAGCGUCGAGGUGGAGCUGGGCAAGCUGGGAGAAAUCCCCUGGCUCUACCACAUCCUGCAGCCCAACGACGAGGAGGACCCCUCUCUGGGUUACGGCAAGAGGAACAGUCGCAGCAGCAUGUUCCGCAUUGUGCCAAAGUUCAAGAAGGAGAAGGCGUCCAAGAAGACCAGCCCCCAGUCAGUGGAGAGGUGGGGCACAGAGGAGGUGGGCGUCUGGCUGGAACAGCUGAGUCUCGGGGAGUACAGAGACACCUUCAUCCGACACGACAUCCGCGGCUCGGAGCUGCUGCACCUGGAGAGGAGGGACCUGAAGGAUCUGGGGAUAUCGAAAGUGGGUCAUAUGAAGAGAAUUCUCCAGGGAACUAAGGACCUGGCCAAGGCCUCCAUGGUCGACCUCUAACGUGGGAGUGACGUGAAGCUCCCGCCGGGGGGGCGGUGGGGGGGUCCAGCCGUCCCCUGGCGUCCGGAGCGUUCGGGAGCACCACAGGAAGUGGAGGGGGGGAGGACGGCGUGGAGGACGGCGUGGAGCCGGCGGUCCGUCCCCCGGUUCAGACACUCUCAACAAGAUGCAUUCUGUUUGUGCUUCGGUGCCAAAACGACUGGUGGAGAAAACUACACACACACACACACACACACACACACACACACACACACACAUACGGAGACAAGCCACUCCCACUCCUCGCCCUCCGUCAGGUAUGCAACUCGCCCUCCUCUCAGCGAGCUGGUAGCAGAACUCGGGUUCGGUUCUUGGUUCUGGUAGCGUUUGGAGACCAUCGGCUGGAUCUUCGCCAAGACGGCGCCGGCGCCCGGGAAGCCGCGGGAAACCCUCGCACGCCAUGCUUGCUCAACUUUAGAUCGGUUUAAGUGCAUGAUUAGCGUCUUGAUUUCUUCUGUGUGCGAAUUAACACUUGAACAAGUUUGACAUGACUUUAGUAUUACGAUGCCAUCUGUUACUACUGAGUGCAUCCCUUUCUUUUCUGUUUUUAUGAUUACUUUUAACAGUUCAACUCUUUCUAGCUUUAAUUUAUUUCCUUUGCAUGAAGUGUCAAAGAUUUCUGUCAGGUGCCAUAUCAGUUAUUUAGCGUAAAAUGUGCUUUAUUGGUAAAAAUGAUAAGAAUUUUUUUA